AUGUUUGGGAAGGUAAUCCCAAUAACGAAAGCGCUUGGCAGCGCAGGUCGUGAAGGGAAAAGAAGGUUAAAUAUCUUGGAUGUACAGCCCUGCUACACCAUUGCAGCUAUAGAAAUGGGAGACUUGUGGAUUGGAAUUCUUGCUCUUUACACAGUUCACAAGGGGCAGUUUAACUGUCCGGGGGGAGGAUUACUGCACACCUACUUGCUUGUCCUCCUCAUUCUCCUGGCUUCUAUAAUAUGUGCGUUAUCUGUUCUUGUAUACAUCAGUAUGCAAGGAACAAUUUCUAAUCCAGGCCCAAGAAAAUCACUUCCCAAGCUACUUUAUACUCGCCUACUUCUCUAUUUGCCUGAAUUCAUCUGGGCUGUUGUAGGAGCUGUAUGGGUGUCAGACAGCAGCGUGCACUGCGAGAAGACUGUGAUAAAUGUCAUCAUUGGGACAGUUAUUGCAAGCUGGGUUAUCAUCAUCUUUACCAUCAUUGGAGUUGUAAUCGUCUUUGAUCCACUUGGGGGGAAAAAGACGUUUUACCUCACCGAUACUGUAAAUCGGAACCUGGAAAGCAGUCAGUCAGGGCAAUUGCUGUAUAACGUGAAGAACACUGCCACCAGAGUCUGGGAAAAAAGAAUCAGGUUACUGUGUUGUUGUAUUGUGCAAGAUGAUGACCAUCGAGUGGCUUUUACAAGUAUCGCAGAGCUUUUCCGCACCUACUUUUCAGACACUGAUCUGGUGCCAAGUGACAUAGCAGCUGGUUUGACUCUGCUCCAUCAAGAGCAAGAUAAAAUGGAAAGUUGCCCAAAAGAGCCUGAAGAAGUCCUGUGUCAUUCUCCAUCAUCUCUUGUGGCAGAUGAUUUGGAUAUCGAACUGGAGAAUGCUGCUCACUAUAUGCUGUUUGCUGCAGCUGCUUAUGGCUGGCCCUACUACAUAUACACCAACCCAUUUACUGCACUUUGUAAGCUCAAUGGUGACUGUUGCGGAAAUAGACCAACAGAUUCUGAUAUAACUGGCAGUGAUCGUCAUAACUUUCACUUUGGAUCCAUCCUAAAAAUAACAGGACUGCAGUACAGAGACUUCAUUCAUAUCAGUUUUCAUAACAAGAUCUAUGAGAUUCCAUUUUUUGUUGCUUUGGAUCACAAAAAAGAAGCUAUUGUGGUUGCAGUGAGAGGAACCUUGUCUUUUGAGGACAUUCUCACUGAUCUGUCAGCAGAUUGUGAAGACUUGACACUGGAGGAUGUUCUAGAGAAUGGCUUUGUGCAUAAGGGAAUAACUCAAGCUGCAAAUUACAUCUAUCGAAAGCUAAUAAAUGAUGGAAUUUUAAACCAGGCUUUCACAAUUGUUCCAGAAUAUAAACUUGUGAUAGUUGGUCACAGUUUGGGUGGUGGAACAGCUUCUAUAUUAGCGAUCAUGCUCAGAUGUUAUGCCUUUUCUCCUCCAGGAGGACUUUUAAGCAAAUCACUUGCAGAUUACACUAAGCACUUCAUUAUUUCAGUCAUUGUUGGAAAGGACCUUGUUGCAAGGUUAAGUAUGCCCAACAUGGAGGAUUUAAAGAGGAGAAUAGUGCGAAUUGUGGCAAACUGCAACAGACCCAAGUACCAGAUUUUGCUGCGUGGGUGUUGGUACGAAGUAUUUGGAGGAGAUCCAGAUAACUUCCCAACUGAGCUGGAUGGUAGAAACCACGAUGCCCUCACCCAGCCACUUCUAGCUGAGGAGAGUUUAAUGGUCCAUCGGUCACCUUCGUACAAUGCCCUUGAGGAUGAAUCGCACUUAAAUUCACCGCCUCAGUAUCCUCAUCUAUAUCUUCCUGGAAAGAUUAUUCACAUUGUAGAAGAAUCCAGCUCUAGGAGGUUGUGCUCUUCAGAUAUUAAAUAUACGGCAAGAUGGUCAAAUGAAACAGUCUUCAGCAGCAUUUUAAUAAGUCCCAAGAUGAUAACGGACCACAUGCCAGAUGUUGUGCUCAAAGCUCUGAACAGUUUGUCUCAGGAACAUGGAUCUUGUAUUUCUUGUCAAACACGAGAAUGUAACACCAAUGUAGUGUAACCAUCACUCCAAGAAGAGGUGUGGCGUUUUGUUUGGGUUUUUUUAAUUGCAGGUUUCAAGUAUUUGGGACACAGUCAUUCCACUUUCAUACUUAAGUGGAUUUCAGUACUUUUUAUCACAUUGCAUAAAAUAAAGGCCCUAAUGCCCUUGCCUCUGCAGCGAGCUCGAGUAGCAGUUUGCUGGUUAAAGCACAGAUGCUGCAGUUACGCUGACGGUUGAGCUUUUACAAAAUGGAAGAGUGUGACAAGGUCUGGCUAAGCCUGUGUACGCUGGCGCACGAGCGCUGAGGCGUCAGCUGAAUACUUGACCAAAAUGAGUGCGUGAGCCCAGCUUGGCCUACGCAUUGGAGCAGCACCCUGUCAGACCUUAAAAAAAAUAAAUCCCAUUCUGCUUCAAAGUCCCUUUGCGCGGUUGUCUUAGCGCCCUGUGACUGCCCUUUGCAAAGCCUGGAGGGCGUUGUGCGCAAGGAGCGCUAUGAAAGCAAUGCCGCAGUGCGGGAGGGCUGCGCCAUCGCAGUGGCUGGAGGUGGGUAAGUGAACCAGUCUGCGGCGGGCAGCAGUGUGCGGGCGGGCCCCCCCUCCCCACCCCGGGGGGGGUUUAAUCGCGCAGUUCUGAGUGAUUGCACUAUUUUUCUUACAGAUUGUGGUAGUACCGUGGGGGGCAGGGGGAGCGUUGUGCUUAAAUGCUGCUUGAGCAGACAUGUGCAAUAUUCUUUAAUCUACCCGUCUUUUGUAUUUGUUGAUCCACAUGACUACUUUUAUUGAUUUUAAACUAAACUAAUAUUAUAACUACUUAAUGAGAAGAAAAAAAAAAACUGUUCAUGCCCUGGCAUCAUCUUAGUCACUAGGUCUAGCUCUGACUACCGAGCACCUAUCUAAUUCUGCUAAAAAUGUGUAACCAGUUGUACUGAUUUUAAAAAAGUGGAUUCCUUGUUUUUAGUAUGCAACUAUUUUAAUUUUUUUUAAAAGCUCAGCAGCAUUUCUUAUUUAAAAAAAUUGAUAGAAAUAAGUAAAAGUACUAUGACGUGGUUGAGAAUAACCGUGUGAAUGUUCUUGCUGUGAUACUUAAUAUGGAGACAAAAUAAAAUGCACUCUAAA